GGCAGCGGCAGCAGCAGCAGCGCUAGCGAGCGAGCGAGCGAGCAACCUGCAGAAGGACCGCGCGGAGGAGCGGGAGCCCGCUAUGCUUUGGCCUCAGUACUUUUCCUUAGCCCGUCUGGCUAAGCAGGGCCACCGCUGCCGCUGCUAGACACACAAAACACACCAACAUCAGGAGGGGGAAAAGUAAGGGAGAGAACGAAAAAAAAAAAAAAAAGCCAGGAAGAUGGCGCCCACCAAGCCAAGCUUUCAGCAGGAUCCUUCCAGGCGAGAACGUUUACAGGCUUUGAGAAAGGAAAAGUCCCGAGAUGCUGCUCGCUCUCGCCGGGGAAAGGAGAAUUUUGAAUUCUAUGAGUUGGCAAAGUUGUUGCCACUGCCUGCAGCCAUUACCAGCCAGCUUGACAAGGCAUCCAUCAUUCGACUUACAAUUAGCUAUCUGAAAAUGAGGGACUUUGCUAAUCAAGGUGAUCCUCCAUGGAACUUGAGAAUGGAAGGACCUCCACCUAAUACAUCAGUAAAAGUUAUAGGUGCCCAACGCAGGAGAAGUCCCAGUGCCCUUGCCAUUGAAGUAUUUGAAUCUCAUUUGGGAAGUCAUAUUUUACAGUCCUUGGAUGGAUUUGUAUUUGCACUAAAUCAAGAAGGAAAAUUUUUGUACAUUUCCGAAACUGUCUCCAUCUACUUAGGCCUGUCCCAAGUGGAACUGACAGGCAGCAGUGUGUUUGACUACGUCCACCCAGGAGACCAUGUGGAGAUGGCAGAGCAGCUGGGCAUGAAGCUUCCCCCGGGGCGAGGCCUUCUCUCACAGGGUACAGCAGAGGAUGGAGCCAGCUCAGCAUCCUCAUCUUCCCAGUCCGAGACCCCUGAGCCAGUCGAAUCUACAAGCCCCAGUUUACUAACCACUGACAACACUCUAGAGCGUUCUUUUUUCAUCCGAAUGAAAUCUACACUGACCAAGAGAGGAGUGCACAUCAAAUCGUCAGGAUAUAAGGUGAUUCAUAUAACAGGCCGCUUACGUCUGAGAGUGUCACUGUCUCAUGGACGGACAGUACCCAGCCAAAUCAUGGGACUUGUUGUCGUUGCUCAUGCUUUGCCACCUCCUACAAUUAAUGAAGUCAGGAUUGACUGCCACAUGUUUGUCACUCGUGUGAAUAUGGACCUCAAUAUCAUUUACUGUGAAAAUAGGAUUAGUGAUUACAUGGAUUUGACCCCUGUAGAUAUCGUAGGAAAGAGAUGUUAUCACUUUAUUCAUGCUGAAGAUGUGGAAGGCAUCAGGCAUAGUCACUUGGACUUGUUAAAUAAGGGUCAGUGUGUAACAAAGUAUUACCGCUGGAUGCAGAAGAAUGGAGGUUAUAUCUGGAUACAGUCUAGUGCAACCAUAGCUGUCAAUGCCAAGAAUGCAAGUGAGAAGAAUAUCAUCUGGGUCAAUUACCUUCUCAGUAACCCAGAGUACAAGGACACUCCCAUGGAUAUUGCACAACUUCCUCAUCUGCCAGAGAAAACCUCAGAAUCCUCAGAGACCUCUGACUCUGAAUCAGACUCAAAGGACAAUUCAGAGGACAAUGAGAACUCAAAGUCAGACGAGAAAGGAAACCAGUCAGAAAACAGCGAAGACCCUGAAUCUGACAGGAAAAAGUCAGGAAAUCAGUCAGAUAAUGAAAUGAACUGUAAUGAUGAUGGGAACAGCUCCAGCAACCAGGACAGCAGGGACAGUGAUGACAGCUUUGAGAAUUCGGACUUCGAGAAUCAAAAAGCUCCUGAGGACAGUUUUGGCACUCUUGGUUCUAUGCAGAUCAAGGUGGAGCGUUUUGUUGAGAGUGAGUCAGACUUGCGGUUGCAGAACUGUGAAUCACUGACCUCGGACAGUGCCAAGGACUCAGACAGUGCAGGGGAAGUAAAUGCCCAGUCUUCUAGCAAACAUCAAAAGAGGAAGAAGAGAAGAAAAAAGCAAAAGGGAGGCAGCAUGACCAGGAGAAGGCUGUCAAGCACCUCAAGCCCAAACGGACUUGACUCAGCUUUGGUAGACCAGCCCCAGCUGCUCUCGUCGCCAAACAGUGCCUCAGUGCUCAAAAUUAAAACAGAAAUCUCAGAACCUAUCAAUUUUGAUAAUGAUAGCAGUAUUUGGAAUUACCCCCCCAACAGGGAAAUCUCAAGGAAUGAAUCACCCUACAGUAUGACCAAGCCCCCCAGCUCCGAGCACUUCCCUUCCCCCCAAGCCAGCAGUAGUUUACAUGUCUCCAUUCCAGACUCUGUUCUCACCCCACCAGGGACUGAAAAUACUGCCAGCCGCAAAACUCAGUUCAGCACCUCAUCCAACUCAGCCUUGGCUCCUGUGUCCUCUGACCCUUUGUCACCCCCGCUUUCAGCAUCUCCAAGGGAUAAACACCCAGGUGGUCCCACAACUUCCAACUCUUUGUUGUACACUGGGGAUCUGGAAGCCCUUCAGAGGUUGCAAGCAGGCAAUGUGGUGCUUCCUUUGGUUCACAGGGUAACAGGAACCCUUGCCGCAACAAGCACUGCUGCUCAGAGGGUCUACACCACUGGCACUAUUCGGUAUGCUCCAGCUGAAGUUACUUUAGCCAUGCAGGGCAACCUCCUCCCCAAUACCCACGCUGUUAACUUUGUUGAUGUUAACAGCCCCAGCUUUGGGCUGGAUCCUAAAACACCGAUGGAAAUGCUCUACCACCACGUUCACCGACUCAAUAUGUCGGGACCAUUUGGAAGUGCUGUGAGUGGGGCCAGUCUGACCCAAAUGCCUGCAGGGAAUGUGUUCACGACUGCCGAAGGACUUUUUUCCACUCUUCCAUUUCCUGUGUACAGCAAUGGCAUUCAUACUACACAGACUCUGGAACGGAAAGAGGAUUGAAAUAUGACCACAUACUGUGUUCAGUGUUAAGCUCUGAGGCAUAGACUAUGUUUUAAUUUAGACCUUUAAUUCUAGCACUUUGAAUUCGAGCAGGUCAGUUUAUUCUCUCAAUAUGACAGUCCCCAUUUCAUUCCCCUUCUCUUUAACUUGACUUAUUCUUUAAUGUAAAGAUAUUUUUUUAUUUUUGCCUUCAGAGAGUUGAAGUACCAGUUGCCUGCCAUUUUGUCUUCUUCUAAGAUGUGUGUUUUUUCCUUUGCAUCUUUAUUAAGAUGCCUUUAAUGUGUAUGCCUCUGCCAUAGAAUACUCAGUGUUGUGGUAAAGAGAUUUUAAAGUGACAACUAUUGGUUUUACUUCAAAAUGAUCUUGAUGUGAUCAAGAUUAAAAGAGACAAGCAUAAACAAUGUACCCUGUUUGACUAAGUCAAAUGAAAAGGGGUUUUUGUUCCUAAUUCCUUUAAAAUAGGGGAUAGUAUUUUAGAAUUUUAUGCAGAGUUUAAUUCUCUUUUUAUGGUUAAGAUUUUCUUACUUGCACAUAAGAUAAUUUGGGUUCUUAAAAAGUUAAUUUCUGGCCUGUGACUAGAAUGUUGAAAAGUUGGACUAAAUGUUAAUUACUGAAACUUUAACUUAAUUUCUAAAACCAUGGUGCUAUCAUUUAUUAAUCUGUAAUAUCUUCAUACAAUUUGCAGCUUGUGGGCUGGGUUUUUUGAAAAGAAUGUGUUCUGUACUGGUCAAUAGUCGGGUGCUGCAGUCUCCUUGGUUAGUUAAGACAAAAGCCCUCAUUAACAUUUGCUGCAGGAUUUAAAUUUUUUACCUCCAAACUAACAAGCAUAGCCUCACAUUAAAUUUAAAUGGGUCAGGAAGCCUUUUUCAAAAAGCGCUUAAAAAUAAAAAACUCAAUUUAAUUGAUGCAAGGAGCAGUUUCUUAGGUGCAUAUUGUUUUGCUUUUGGGUUUUUUUGUUGUUUUUUUUUUUUUUUUUUCUUUUCUUUCUCAGUGUAACUGAGGCUAAUUCUA